CCUUACGUCACUAGUGCUGUCAAGUCAAAAUGUUCGCCGCGGGUGUACGGAACGAUCUAAAUAGAUAAACUAUUAUUUUACAAACAAUUCCUCUCAAUAAUGGUGCCUUUGUAAUAAGAUGAUAUUGCUACGUUAGCAUGGAGAAUGAUAGUAUGGAAUUUACAUUGCCGCCAGCCCCUCGGGGCUUGUGCUUUGACCGCAAUGAUUUCGUCAAGACAAACUUCUCAGUGGACAACUUCCUGGAGGAACACCAGAACAUGGCAUCCCUGGAGACAAUGCGGGAUGACCUCGGAAUGUAUCUCAAAAUCUUACGGUUGGCCAUGAUUGAGCUGAUCAACAAGGACUAUGCAAACUUUGUCAACUUGUGUGCUACACUCAUUGGGUUUGACAAGGCUAUACUUAAAGUUCAGGUGCCAUUGGGACAUUUAAACGAGGAAGUUCUUAGUGUAAAACAAUGUCUAGAAGAUGCCAUGAAAGAGUUGUCCAUGUGGAUGAAUCAACGGCAUGGACUGCAGAAGAAGAAACAGCUCCUCAAAUACUACAGCCAAACUGUCAACAGUCUAAAGACAUUAGACAAUGUACUGCACAAUAUUUCUGAAAAGAAAAAACAUGAGCAAAUUGCCUUAGCAGACCGUGCUGCAAUGCAGUACAACCAACUCAAAUUCUCCAUCACAAAAUGUGAGAGUUUAGUAAAAGCUGAACAUAAAACUCAGUUCAAUGAAAUGGAAGAAAGGUUAAUAAGGACCUUAAAUGAUUUGCUUUUUCAAUUUUGGAAUAACAGCGAUGAAGAAAACCUUCUUAAAGCAUUAAUAACAUUGGCCACUUUGGACCGUGUUAGCGAAACAGAAAUGUUGAUACGGAAACAAGCCGUUGCACCAUUAUUACAAGAUAUAAUCAAUGAAUCAUCAAUGCAGAGGUGUAAGGAAGGCCUUCAAGGAAUUUACAAUCAAAUAUUAUCACUACUAGACACAAAACUAAAGUUACUAUUGAUGGUAACACAACAUUCCAAGCUGGCAUUUCUGGUUAAGAAAUAUAGAUUUUUAGUAAAUUGUUUUUGGUGCGAAGUAGAAAGUCGAUUAGAGGUGAAUCUUUCUUCUAUUUUUGCUCCUGGCAACCCUCAAAUAUUCUUUAAGAGAUACAAUGAGAGUAUACAGUUCGUAAAGAAAUUAGAAGAACUUUGUGCUGCAGAGGACACGGUAAAGUUGCUGCGUGGAACAAUAGAGUAUAAGAGUUUUCAGAGGAGAUGGAACUUGCCAGUAUAUUUUCAAAUAAGAUUUCAGGAGAUAGCAGGAAGUUACGAAGCAGUUUUACAAAAGACACCAGUCGCCGAAAACAAUGACGGUUUUGUACUAAGAGAGACGCACAAAUGUUGGAAGGCUAUACAGGAGUGUUGGUCCGAUGGUGUCUAUAUUGAAGCACUGGCUCACAAAUUUUGGAAACUUUCCCUACAGUUAAUAUCGAGAUACGCCAACUGGGCUACUGCGUUUUGUACACAGAAACCCAUCAUACAAAAACAAGAAACUAUCAAUGUAAAUAAGUCCCUAAUUGACAACAGUAUUAGCAUAUACAUAGACAUACAGACACUGUUGCAGCGACUACCGGAAUUUUUGCAUAUGGUAGAGAACAAAAUAUUCAUUGACAACAAAGAACUACUGCAAAAGAGUAUGCAAUCGUCAGAGAGGGCUCUCGCUGAAGUGAUAAACAAAAUAAGGGAAUGUAUCGUGACUGAACUAUACGAUAGUUUCAACUUACAAUUGAAACAAGUGAGUGAUAUACCGCGAUUGUAUAGGAAGACUAAUCGAAGCGUACCCACCAGACCGUGUGCCUAUAUCGACGUGGUGUCCAACUCUCUGAAAGAGUUUCAUGAAAAGGCACCGCAGAGGCUAGAUAAUACGUUCCUAAUGGAACUAUAUGAGAAACUUUUUAAUGUUAUGACUGUUUCUUACUACAAGUACGUAGAAGACGUCCUGACCUCAGUUCAAAAGACCGAAGAGUCGUUAAGAAGACUGAAACAGAUCCGGGAAAUGGCGUCGCAACAACCGAGCGAGGCCGGCGUCACGGACGGCGACAAAAUCCGCCUUCAACUACACGUUGACGUGGUGUCCUUUGGACAGCUGGCAGAAUCCGUGGCAAUCAAUGUAAAUAGUGUUCAAAAAUUCACCGACUUAUCCAAUAUGGUAACGGAAGCUGUAAAAAAUAUAGAUAAUAAAUGAUAUAUCCAGUUGUA